AUGGAGAAGUUUGAAAAUAGGAUGAAAGGUACAAGAAAUGAAAGACAAAAUGACGAAAAUAAGAGAAAAGAUAUGGAAGAAAUUAAACAAGAUAAACCAAAGAAAAUAACAGAAGAAAUGCAGUCAUGCAGAGACGUGUUGAAGCCCCAGGUCUCUAGAGGUCACGGAGAAGCUGAAGUGGCUCUCCAUCCUCCUGACUCCUCCAAACUGCCCCCAGAAGAGGGGCCUCCGUCAGCAGUCCCAGCAACUACGACAUCUCUCCUGCUGACACCAGACUUUACAGAUCAUGAGAAACCCUUUGGUGUUGGCACUGACCCUCCAGGUGUUGGCACUGACCCUCCAGGUGUUGGCACUGACCCUCCAGGUGUUGGCACUGACCCUCCAGGUGUUGGCACUGACCCUCCAGGUGUUGGCACUGACCCUCCAGGUGUUGGCACUGGCCCUCCAGGUGUUGGCACUGGCCCUCCAGGUGUUGGCACUGGCCCUCCAGGUGUUGGCACUGGCCCUCCAGGUGUUGGCACUGGCCCUCCAGGUGUUGGCACUGACCCUCCAGGUGUUGGCACUGACCCUCCAGGUGUUGGCACUGACCCUCCAGGUGUUGGCACUGACCCUCCAGGUGUUGGCACUGGCCCUCCAGGUGUUGGCACUGGCCCUCCAGGUGUUGGCACUGGCCCUCCAGGUGUUGGCACUGACCCUCCAGGUGUUGGCACUGGCCCUCCAGGUGUUGGCACUGGCCCUCCAGGUGUUGGCACUGGCCCUCCAGGUGUUGGCACUGGCCCUCCAGGUGUUGGCACUGACCCUCCAGGUGUUGGCACUGGCCCUCCAGGUGUUGGCACUGACCCUCCAAGUGUUGGCACUGGCCCUCCAGGUGUUGGCACUGACCCUCCAGGUGUUGGCACUGACCCUCCAGGUGUUGGCACUGGCCCUCCAGGUGUUGGCACUGACCCUCCAGGUGUUGGCACUGACCCUCCAGGUGUUGGCACUGACCCUCCAGGUGUUGGCACUGGCCCUCCAGGUGUUGGCACUGACCCUCCAAGUGUUGGCACUGGCCCUCCAGGUGUUGGUCAGUGCCAACACCUGGAAGGUGAUGAUGUUUGUGUGUUUAUUUGCGGAUCCGACGCCGGCUGUGCACUCAAGAACGUCGACGAGGAGGAGAACAGGAGGAGAACACGCGCGGGCUCGGGCCCCAGCCAAGCAACCAAGCCGGCAGCUUCAAAGCAGGAGGAAGGCGGCCGUGGCGGGGGUAAUUACUGUUACUCGACGCGGUUGUUUCUCAUGGGCGUCUUUGUUAGUGAAGAUGACGCCCUUCUGUCGUCUAACCUCUCAUCAUUUGAUGCUGGUGAGCAUCGCGAUAAGUGUGAGCAUGCUCUCCUACAGUCCGCGCCCGCCUGUCCAUCACGAUCCAUUGUGGCGCUGGGGAGAGGUCGGAGAGGAGGAGGGAAGUGUGAGGAAGGAGGUGGGGGAGGAGGGAUUAAGAAGAAGCGAGGUGAGAAGGGAAAAGGAGAUGAAGAAGAAGAGGUGAAAGGAAAACGAGAAUCUUGA